AUGACAUCACUGACAUCUCCCAAAUUUAAAGGAACACUUAAAGCACGGCAGAUUGCAAUUCCCCCCCCCCCCCACACCUCCUCCAGUGAGGAGAUUACUAAGGAAAGGCCUCCGGGUGCACAGCCAAAUGACAUCAACGAUUCGACUGGUGUCCAGCAAAGACUCAGCCAAACCAGCGAUCGAGCGGCGCGCGGGGCCACCACCGGGGCCCACGCAACCGUGGCCGGGGCGUCCAGCUGGCGGCCUCGCGCGCUAUUCCGGACCGGCCUUUGCAUCCAUCACCCCCGGAUGGCACGUUCCAGUGCGGACAGCGAAAGGACCGGGAGGAGACAGCAGCCCAGACCCAGCGGGAGCGCCGCGCCCUGCCGGGAGAGACGCCCCGCGCUCGCCGGGGUGGAGGGGGGAGGAGAACCGGAGCCGGUGACCCGCGGCGCCCACAGGGUCCGGAGCGGAGCCCGCAAUGCAGACGGCGCCCUCGCCCUCCUCCCCCUUUCCCCACCCCGGUGCCCUCCACCCCGACCUCGGCGCCCAGCCGGCCUCGGGAGCCGCUCCGCCGCGGAGCCCGGGACCCGGAGUAGCGGGGCGGGGGGGGGGGGACCCCGCGCGCCGGCCCGGGCGCACCUGCCCGGUCCGCGGGCCCGGCCCGGCCCCGCCGCCCGCCCGCCCGCCGGCCGGCAGCACCGCGGCCAGCGCCGCCUCACCUGCCGCGCCGCGCCGCUCCGCCCGGCUCGUCCGCAGCGCCGCAGUCGCUGCUACCCGACUUCCAUUUUCUCUCGCUUUAAAGGAAGAACCCCCCCCCGCCCCCUAGAUCAGCUGUUUCUCGCUCUCUCGCUCGCUCGCUCGCGCCCGGGCUCGCGGCGGCCCCCUCCUCAGCUGCCGCUCGCGGUCCCCGAGAGGGGGGGGGGUAGGGGGGCGGCCUCUCCCUCCCCCGCCUCCUCCCGCGCGCCGCUCCGCCCCUCGCGCCCCUCAGCUCCGCCCGAGGCCGCGCGCAGCGCCCGCCUCCCGGCUCCGCCCCCUGACGUCACCGGCCCCAGCCGCGCCGCCCCGCCUUCGCCCGCCCCUCCCACGUGA